AGUGUAGUGUUGCACCACACUAUAUUUUAUUACCGUUGGCUGAGGAGACAAUAGUAACAGCCAAUACUGUAAUCUUGUGUUUGAUUGAAUAAAAUUGUUUAAAUUUGUGAACAUUCAUAUAAAAUGAUAUUCACAGGUUUCUUUUUACCACCAUUCUACUGUCAGACAUGUUAUUAUUAGUAUCAAAGACCAACUUGUACUGUACCUAUUACGGGUAAUUUGGAUUAUUUGAUUCUCAUAAUGAUUUAUGUAUUUAAUCACAAUUCGCUUGUUCAGCUUGCUGGUUUUGUUCCAAUAUUUGAAAUGUCAAUAGAAGACAGACAAACCCACAAGUAGUCAAUUGUUACAAUGGAGCUCAAGCGCAGGAAACAAGCAGACACACUGGUGUGAUGUUGAGGUGUUUAUUUUCAGGACUGAGAGCAGACUACAAGUCGAAGUAGGAAAAUAACAACCAGAAUUAAUCCUAGGAAAACUCAAGAAAGGCACUUCACUACAACUAGUGGCGAGGAGGACUAAUUACAAAAACUAAGGGCGCCAACUCACGAUCACGACAAUGGCAGGCUCACCUAGUCCUCUAACCACACAUGUCCUGAACACUGCGAUGGGCGUCCCUGGCUCUAACAUGUCCCUCAGCCUUCACCGACAAGAUCCACUGACUAAAGCCUGGAAUUUGAUAACCACUGGGAUCACUAAUGAUGAUGGUCGUUGUCCAGGACUUAUCACAACACAGCUGUUUACAUCUGGCGUGUACAAACUGCAUUUUGAAACUGCUCAAUACUGGGCAAGUAGGGGAGAAGCCAGCUUUUACCCCUAUGUUGAGAUUGUCUUCACGAUAAAUGAACCAGGCCAAAAGUACCACAUUCCUCUGCUUCUGAGUCGUUUCUCUUACAGUACGUACAGAGGGAGCUAGAGGUCAAGUGUGAUAAAACCUCUGAGGUGAUCUUCGUCCAUCAGCUGACACAUCAGAAGUAGAAGCUACUCCUCCAAGAACAUUCAUGGCAGCACCAACUGACCUGCCACACUUACCCAUUCAUUAGACACAAUGCUUAAUUAGACUGAUUCCUCCAUUUACGUAAAUAUGUUACUAUCAAUAAAUGUUUUUUGCAACGAAACAA